CACUACUUUACCCACGACAUGCUGCAGCUCGCGCUCCGCUCCGCGCACGCGGAGAGUGAGGCGGGCCUGCUGCUCGAGUUUGGGGUGUACCACGGGAGGACGCUGCGCAUGAUCGCCUCGCACUUCCCCGACGACCCGGUGCACGGCUUCGACACCUUCUCGGGCAUCCCUGAGGAUUGGCACUCGACGAGGGCGGGCGCUUACUCAACGCACGGCACGCUGCCUCCGGCGCCCGACAACGUGCAGUACCACGUCGGACUCUUCGCUGACACCCUGCCAGCCUUCCUGGAGGCGAACCCCGGGCCAAUCCGACUGAUGAAUCUAGACUGCGAUCUCUACUCCUCGGCGAAGGACGUGCUUGAUGCGGUGGCGGGGCGCCUCCGUCCGGGCAGCGUGAUUGUUCUGGACGAGUAUGUGAUGAACCCGCACUGGGAGGAGGACGAGUACAGGGCCUUUCAGGAGGCGGUCGCAGAGCACGGGUGGGAGUAUCGGUACCUCGGGAUCUCGCUGGUUUCUCAGCAGGCCGUGGUCCAACUCGUGUAGAAUGACGAGAUGAGUGG